AUGAAAUUGUUUCGACCGCUCUUUAUCCUUCUCGUGGCGCUUCAAGUUGUCGCGGGAACCAAGUACACGGAUAAAGGCAUUGCCAUCGUCGGUGCGACCGAGCCGUGGAGCCUCGUCGUCGAGGCCGGAGACUCCUGUGACGACUACAUCUCGUACAACAUGGCGUCGUAUAUUGCCGUCCACUUUGCCGAUUUUGAUCUGCCGGACGGAGAUUCCGUGGUGAUCAGCUCUCCAGACGCCGAUACGGAUGUCUCUCACACGUACACUGGUCGAGGUCGUGAUCAAAGCGGAACAUUUGUCGCCAGCUUUAUUCCAGGUGGCUCUGUCACGAUAACUUACAACUCUGUCGGGGAAGCUACGUCCGGUCAGGGCUACCGCGUCACUGGGUUCUCGCGUGGCUUUCCGACCGUGCCCCACGAAUCGGUCUGCGGCGAUGGAGACCAGUCCUCUCCUGCCAAAUGCUAUGCUCCAGGCUCCUCCUUGGCUGGCGGACUGCCUCAGGCUUACGAGAAGUCCCAAGCCGUCGCUCGUCUGCUCAUCAACGGUACCUAUCUGUGCACAGGUUGGCUAGCAGGCAGCGAGGGGCAUCUGUUCACGAACCAACACUGCUUCGAAAACGAAGAAUGGGCGCUUAACACAGAUAUUGAGUUUGCCGCCGAGAGUUCCUCUUGCAGAGAAGAGUGUAAGAAAGGUCUUGGUUGCGCUGGAAAAGUCGUGGCAACGACAGCUACCUAUAUCCAUGGAAGCAAAGAGAUCGACUACUCGGUCUUGAAGCUACCGGACUGCGUCAGUCUCACUCCGUACGGGUAUCUCCAGCUGCGCGAGUCGGGACCGGUACUGAACGAGACGAUCUACGUGCCGCAACAUCCGUCGGGUUUUGCGAAGCGCAUUGCAAGCAAAGUCGAUGGCGGGGGCGAUGCGACGAUUCACAGUGUCGGUGAAGAAACGAUAUGCGGAGCUGCCCAGGUGGGGCACUACGCAGACACUCGAGAAGGGUCCUCAGGAUCACCGAUCCUUUCAUCAAACGACAAUUUAGUGGUAGCGGUCCAUCACUGCGGUGGAUGUGCGAAUGCUGCAGUCGACGUCCGUACGGUGCUGGACGACCUGAAAGUGAACAGCAUCACGAUCAAGGAUCUGGUGCCGUCGGGAAGUUCGGGCCAAGGCAACCAGCCGCUGUAUGCACAGACGCCGUGCUCAGCCACGCCGCUCGGGCGGACAUCAAAUCAGGGACCAAGCAAUACAGCUCCGACUACUACACCUCGAGUGCCAUCUCGUGCGGUAUCGACGGUGGCUUCGACGAAGUCUUCGAACACUUCGUCAACGUCCACAAACACGUCUGAGUCAACGUCCGACCAAUUAACAAAGACCGUGACGGAUCAUCCUACUACAACGAAUGGACUUGCUGCCCCAAUUAGCACAACCACAUCGAGAAACAAUUCGAAUGCGUCAACGACGAGCACUACGUCUACUACUGCACAGUCUGCCUCAACCAUGACUUCGACCACGGCCUUGGAAUCAGAACGGGCGAUGAUGACCGACCAUGAGUAG